AUGCUGGGACUGCAAGGGGAGAGAAGUUGCGACUGGAAAAAUAGGAAGAAGCCAACUUGCAGUGGUAGCAACAGCGACAGCACUACCACAUCCUCCGCAUUCAACAAUCUUUCAAUGUCUCAACCUUGUCAACCGCGACAGCAUCAACACUAUCAGCACAGCCAUCAGCAACAGUCGCACCAGAAAGGCUCGCUCCAGUUGUGGCGAUUCCUGGUGACAAUGUUGGAUGAUCCAGGUAGUCAACACCUCAUCUGUUGGGCUGGACGCAAACUCGAGUUCAAGCUGAAUGAGCCUGAGGAGGUUGCGAGGUUGUGGGGUAUUCAGAAGAAUCGACCCACAAUGAAUUACGACAAGUUGAGUCGAUCGCUGCGCUACUACUACGAGAAGGGCAUAAUCAGCAAGGUGUCGGGUGAGCGCUAUGUCUACCGUUUCGCCUACGAGCCCGAAGUGCUAGCUAAACUUACGUUGGACGAGACCCUAUCAUCUGUCCUUCCAACCAAACGUGGUGAGAAUGGACAGUGCCCUUCACCUUCUUUUCAGAAUGUAGUUUUUCCGCCUCCUCCACCUUCGCCUCAUCACCACCCUCAUCAACUUUCAUCCUCAACCUGCCAAUCUGUCCCGCCGCCACCGUCGCAGAUACAGUCACAGACACAGCCGCCGCCACACCUUCAAAUUCCAGUGCAGGAGAUGAUCUAUCAAACCCAGUGGGAGGAGCAGGUUGUCUAUUGCAACAACUGCGACUAUGAGUGGAGUGGUGACUACGUUGCAACUGUUUCGUCGAGUUAUCCCACCACCGCCACUACCACCACAAGCGAGCAGUACGACUAUGCAUACGCAUACGAGCAGAACAAUCAGGUCUACUGUACUGACAUGGACGCUGAUAAUUAUGCCCUUUUCGAAUGUCCUGAGUACUUCUAA